AUGUCUAAACAAAGACCUGGAGGCUGUGGAGCAUACGUCCCUGAAGAUGAAAAAGACACAGCCGUGCUGGAUGAGGACCCAGAUGGGGAAGAUUCAGCUCAGGAAGGAGAGGAACCAGCUGCAAAGUUGUUCCUAUGUCAGGACAAAGACUUCCUUCUGAAGGACAAAGCAGGAUCCACCAGCUUCCAUGACUCCCCAAAUGCAGACUUUUCUGGCCAAGAGUUAGACAGUGAUUCCCAUGUGAGUGAGUCCAGUGACCGCAUGUCUGACUUUGAGAGCUCUUCGCUUAAGAAUGAGGAUGACGUCCUCCUCUCAAAAGACUCUUCAUUUCCCCUGUCUUUGACUUCCACAUCGGCUCUUAUAAACUCCGCCAGUUCUGCUCCAGUCACUGGAGAUGAAGCCACUUUGGCCACAACAGGGUCCGUGGCUGACAGCCUAGAAAAGAUGAAGGCUAUUUACACCUCUUUUUUGACCAACUCGUACUGGUCUUCUCUGAGCCUGAGCCAGCCCCCUGCAGAAAAACCCCCACGCAGUCACAGCAGCAACAGCAGUAGCAGCAGCAGUAGCAGUUGUGGAAGUGGUAGCUAUGACUGGCACCAGACUGCAAUUGCCAAAACCCUUCAGCAGGCUUCGCAAAACCACCACCAUCAUCCCAACAGAUUGGGACUGGUCCAGCACCCCUCAGUACCCGUAUCUUCAGCAUCUACAGAGCCAAACCUUUUCAGUACUGUCCAGCUGUACAGGCAGAGCUCUAAGCUCUACGGCUCUAUCUUCACUGGUGCUAGUAAAUUUCGCUGUAAGGACUGUAGUGCAGCCUAUGACACGUUGGUGGAGCUAACGGUGCACAUGAAUGAGACAGGGCACUACCGGGAUGAUAACCAUGAGACAGAUAGUGAAGGCACAAAACGUUGGUCAAAACCUAGAAAGCGUUCUUUGCUGGAGAUGGAAGGGAAGGAGGAUGCACAAAAAGUGCUGAAGUGCAUGUACUGCGGGCACUCCUUCGAAUCCCUUCAGGACCUCAGUGUUCACAUGAUUAAGACUAAACAUUACCAGAAAGUGCCUCUGAAAGAGCCUGUGACACCAGUGGCAGCAAAGAUAAUAUCCACAGCAAGGAAGAGAGUCCCCAUUGAUCUUGAUGUUCCGAGUUCACCAGACUCUAAUGGAGGGACCACCCCGAAACCACCAUCCCUAAAUGACUCUAAUGACAUACUCCAGAGGGUCACAAACCCUUACAUUACACCCAACAACCGCUACGGGCACCAGAAUGGCGCCAGCUACGCCUGGCAGUUUGAAUCCAGAAAGUCCCAGAUCCUCAAGUGCAUGGAGUGUGGAAGCUCCCACGACACACUUCAGGAGCUUACUGCUCACAUGAUGGUGACAGGACACUUUAUCAAAGUCACCAACACUGCAAUCAAAAAAGGAAAACCCAUUUUGGAGUCAUCCACCUCUGCUCCAACCUCUAUUUCAACAGUAGACGAAAAGAUCCAAUCAGUUCCCCUGGCAGCAACAACAUUCUCUCCCCCUCCUCCUACUCCCAUUCCUUCUGCAACCAGUAUCUCCCCAAACACCAUGGUAGUGGAGAUCAAAAAGGAGGAAAAAGAAGAAGAAUGCACCAAAGAAUCCAUUAUCACCAAUGGGGAUGUUCUUAAUAAAGAGAAGAUGGCAGGGUUUGAUGAGGAGGAAGAGGAAAAGUUUGAUAUAUCCUCAAAAUACUCUUACCUGACUGAGGAAGACCUAGAUGAAAGUCCAAAAGGAGGUCUGGAUAUCCUCAAAUCUUUGGAAAACACCGUGACUUCAGCCAUUAACAAGGCCCAGAAUGGUGCUCCCAGCUGGGGAGGAUAUCCUAGUAUUCAUGCAGCCUAUCAGCUGCCAAAUAUAAUGAAGCUCUCCCUGGGACAUACUGGAAAGAAUUCCCCUCUCAAAUAUAUGUUCCCACCUGGUGAAAUUCUCUCUCCUACCAGCAGGAACCCGAUUUCAAUAUCCUCUCCCAGCCAUCAGACAUCAGUUUUGCCCAAAAACAACUUCCAUGCAAUGGAGGAACUAGUCAAAAAGGUGACAGAGAAAGUUGCUAAAGUAGAGGAAAAGAUGCGAGAGCCGAGUGAUGUUGUGAGAGCAUCCCCAAUGAGACAAGCAACACCCUCACCAUGCAAUAGUGAGACAGGGGAUGCCGUCCAAGAAAAAAACCCAAAGGAAAACAGACCAGAAGUCUGUAAAACCCUCGAAAAUGCGAAGGGAGGAGACAAAGCAGUGGGUAACUGCACCCAUUAUGCAGAAUCUAAUGGAAACUCUUACUUAAAGGAUCCGGUGGAGAAUGGUGUGGGGUCAUCAGCAGUGACUUCACCACCGCCUACUUCUUUAACAUGCAGCACUGCCAUAAUCACAGAUCAUCCUCCUCCAGAGCAGCCAUUUGUCAACCCUCUGAGUGCACUUCAGUCAGUGAUGAAUGUUCACCUAGGGAAGGCCGCAAAGCCUGCUUUACCUUCCCUGGACCCAAUGAGCAUGUUAUUUAAAAUGAGCAACAGUCUGGCAGAGAAAGCAGCAGUGGCGACCUCUAACCCACCAGCACAGACCAAAAAACUAAGCAAUGACCACUUAGAUCAUUACUUCUACCAACAGCAUCUAAACAAUGACCAGCCCAUGGACCUCACUAAAGGCAAGAAUACAGACAAAAACUGCAGCAGCAACUCCUCAUCUGCUUCAACACUAUCCUUGCUUACUCCAACCUCCACCAUGACAAUGACCAAAGCCUCUUCUGCAGUAGCUUCUUUCAUGUCCACAUCCCCGCUGAGGGAAAAUGCCUUGUCAGAUAUCUCUGACAUGCUUAAGAACCUUACAGAAAGCCAGUCCCUGUCUAAGUCAUCCACACCCACUAGCCAUUCUGAGCGCUCCGAUAUCGAUGGUAUCACACAGGAGGAGACAGAAGAAGUUUCACCAGCCCAGAAACGAAAGGGCCGACAGUCAAACUGGAACCCUCAGCAUCUCCUGAUCCUGCAAGCACAGUUUGCCUCAAGCCUGAGACAAACUAACGAUGGCAAGUACAUUAUGUCUGACCUGAGCCCACAGGAGAGAAUGCAUAUAUCUCGAUUCACUGGUCUCUCUAUGACAACCAUAUCCCACUGGUUGGCCAACGUCAAGUACCAGUUAAGAAGAACUGGUGGCACCAAGUUCUUAAAAAACCUGGACUCGGGCCAUCCUGUCUUCUUCUGUAGUGACUGUGCCUCCCAGAUCCGCUCACCAUCCACCUACGUCAGCCACUUGGAAUCUCACUUAGGUUUUCGCCUUCGAGACUUGGCUAAACUUUCUGGGGAGCAGCUCCUGAGCCAGAUAUCACAGCGGCAUCACCAACAACAACGGCACACCAAAGGACUUUCUGAGAAGUUGUUGUCUAACCUCCACCAAUCUAGCUACCCUUUACCUUCCACUCUCCCUACAGCCACACCUUCUUCAUUACCUGUACCUUCCUCCCUUUCUACCUCCCUGCCCUCCACUAAGUCUCCAUCACCUUCAACAGAGGAGGAUAAUGAUGAUGGUGGGGCCACUUACCAGUCCAAGCUCUGUAACCGGACAUUUGUGAGCAAGCAUGCGGUUAAACUUCAUCUGAGCAAGACUCAUGGGAAAUCGCCUGAGGACCAUCUCAUGUACAUGUGUGAGCUGGACAAACUGUAGCACUGGUUGAAUAUGACCAUGAUAUGCUCUUAUCUUCACAGCUCACAUUUGUCUCUCGAUCUUUAACCUUUUGCAAAUGUGAUAGAACCGCACAAAGAUGCCAUACUUCUACUGCUUUCUUGGGCACAUGGACUCUCUAUUUUUUUUUCUUUUGUAGCAUUGUGUUUUUCCAUCCUCUGGCCUAAACCCUUUGGAUGAUGUGAUCCCCUAGGAUAGGACUAGUAAUUGAAUUUUUGGUGGCGUGGGAGGAGUUGAAACACAACAAAGUGUUCCAAAGGUUCAACCAAGAAAAAAAAAGAUUUUCAUAAUAUGUAUUUUGUGUACAUUGAAAGAUAAUGUUUUGUUUUCUUCUGGCAGCCUUUGGGUGUAAUGAGCUGCAUGCAGAAAUGAAGGGACUCAGUUUGAACAUUUUUAUAACUUAAUCUGGUGCACUUUUCAUGCUUUUUUUGUUCCUGUCUACAGUUUAAACUUGUGUGCUCCUUUUGUCAUUUGUA